UGAAUGUAAAAACACCGAGAUCAAGGAGGAGCACGGAGAUGGCGUCGUCACUCGCAACCUUAGCUGCUGUUCAACCGGUCGCCGUGAAGGGCCUCGGCGGGAGCUCCCUCGCCGGAACGAAGCUCCACGUGAAGCCCGCUCGCCGGAGCUUCAGACCCAGAAGCAUCAAGAGUGGUGGAGUGGUGGCCAAGUAUGGGGACAAGAGCGUGUACUUUGACUUGGAAGAUUUGGGCAACACCACUGGUCAGUGGGACUUGUAUGGAUCCGAUGCAGCUUCCCCAUACAACCCUCUUCAGAGCAAAUUCUUCGAGACAUUCGUGGGUCCAUUCACCAAGAGAGGCCUGCUGCUUAAGUUCUUGAUCCUGGCAGGCGGUUCUACCCUUGCUUACUUCAGCGCCACGGUUUCGGGCGACAUCUUGCCAAUCAAGAAGGGCCCACAACUCCCACCAAAGUUGGGGCCGCGCGGCAAGAUCUGAUUUCAAUUCGAGGUUUCGAUCUUUCGGUCUCUUUGGUGUAUGUAUCCAUUUGUACACUUCUGAAAGUCGUAAGCCGCCUUAUGUGAUUAUUAAAAAUCGUCUCAUUGAUAUGUAACAUGUAAUGCCAUGGUACGUUUAAUCAUGACAGGGUUUCUCUUCUCUCUA